AUGCCACCAACUCCCACUCCUUACCAGGGCUACCAACCUCAUUUCCAACCUAUGAUGUACAACGGCCCGCAGUUCGCGACAUUUGACGCAGGCAAUAAGAGAAGCGCACCUAUACACGAAGAUUCGUUACCCGCCAUGCCGAGCUGGGAUAACGCACAAACGCGCAGGGUACAAGAUACUCCAUCACAGCCUAGAGGUUCGGAGGUGGAGAUGGAGCAUAUGUUACCCCAGUCGCCAAUUCGUGAAUACCACAAUUCAGAUCUAGGAACUCAAAGACCAAACCGGCCAGAAGGGCCGAACAACAACUACUACAACAACGAGCCACUUUCUCCCGCACCAACAUAUGCAACCACUGCUCCUAUGGCUGGUGCUUUCUCAAAUCAACAGCAUGAUCGAUUCUCCCCAAGACUACAGCACCACGACAAUCCUUUCGACACGGGAAUACCCUCGAAUAAUGCGCCCUAUCCGUCCUCGCGCGAGAGCGUGCAGUUCGCCGCUCAACGGAGCAUGUCGCCUCACAUGGCGCCAUACAAUCCAUAUAAUUCACCUUCUUACGACCAACCACAAGCUGGCAGACCGCCUACUUUGCUGCAGGUUGGUAGGAAACCUGUAGCUGGUUCUUACAGGGAAGUCUGA